CUUUUUUGGUUUCUUAAGUAGGUACUAAAUGGUGAAUGAUGCAGUAUCAAAAUUAAAGUAGUUACUGUGGUGUUUUGCUGCAAGAAAAUGCGUGUAAUAAAAAUUUUGAAACGUGUUCACGCAUUGAGUAACAAUGCGUAUUUAAAGGUUUUCAAUGCCAAAUUUUCUUCUACUGUGUGUACUAGAGCUCAAUUUUUUGAAAAUCCUCAUGAUGCAGUUCAAGAUAUAUCGGAUGGUGCCAAGCUUUUAGUUGGAGGUUUUGGCUUGUGCGGAAUUCCAGAAAAUCUUAUUAGUGCCAUUGUUAACAAAGGUGUGAAAGAUCUUACAGUAGUCAGCAAUAAUGCUGGAGUCGAUGAUUUUGGGCUGGGAUUGUUACUUCAAACUAAACAGAUAAAGCGAAUGAUUUCCUCUUAUGUUGGAGAAAAUGCAGAAUUUCAAAGACAAUACUUAGCUGGAGAAUUGGAAUUAGAAUUUGUUCCUCAAGGCUCUUUAGCUGAACGGAUUCGAGCGGGAGGCGCCGGAAUUCCAGCUUUUUAUACACCAACUGCAUAUGGUACUCUAGUUGAAGAAGGUGGAGCACCAGUCAAAUACAAUGCAGAUGGAAGUGUCGCUAUUGCAAGUGAGUCAAAAGAGGUUAGAUUGUUUGAUGGACGAUCUUAUAUACUUGAAGAAGCUAUUAGAGGAGAUUUUGCAUUAGUGAAAGCAUGGAAAGCAGAUAAACUAGGGAAUUUAAUAUUUAGAAAAUCUACACCUAAUUUCAAUGCUCCUAUGUGCAAAGCAUCUCCUAUUACAAUAGCUGAGGUAGAAGAAAUUGUAGAAGUUGGGGAAAUACCUCCUGAAGACGUUCACAUUCCGAGCAUUUAUGUGCAAAGGGUAUUACUUGGAAAAAGUUUCGAGAAAAAAAUUGAAAGAUUGAUGGUUAGAAAACUUACUACCAGCAAUGAAAGUACGCCAGCUGCUAAAGUAAGGGAAAGAAUUGUGCGUAGAGCUGCACUUGAAUUCAAAGAUGGCAUGUAUGUUAAUUUGGGCAUUGGUAUGCCAGUUUUGGCCAGUAAUUAUAUCCCUCCAGAUGUUACAGUUCAUUUACAUUGUGAAAACGGAGUGCUUGGUUUGGGGCCUUAUCCAUUAGAAAAGGAAGUUGAUCCAGAUUUAAUAAAUGCUGGAAAAGAAACAGUGACUGUUCUUCCUGGUGCUUCUUUCUUUCCAAGUGAUGAAUCAUUUGCUAUGAUAAGAGGCGGUCAUAUUCAACUUACUAUGUUAGGUGCUAUGCAAGUUUCAAGAUAUGGAGAUUUAGCAAAUUGGAUGAUUCCAGGAAAAUUAGUCAAAGGAAUGGGUGGUGCAAUGGAUCUUGUGGCUAGUAGUAUCAGUGGCACAAAAGUUGUUGUUGUAAUGGAACACACAGCAAAAGAUAAUGCUCCUAAAAUUGUUGAAUCGUGUUCAUUGCCGCUGACUGGGAAAAAUUGUGUUGAUAUGAUCAUCACUGAAAAGGGUGUUUUUAAUGUUGACAAGGAAAAUGGAUUGACCCUAGUUGAGUUAGCUGAUGGUGUAACAGUUGAAGACAUUAUAUCUACUACUAACUGUCAGUUUGAAAUUUCUCCUGAUGUAAAACCUAUGGGCCAAGCGUAAGAUUAGCAGCUGUUACUGAGAAAACUAUUGAAAAGUCUGUAAUUUUUUACAAAUUUAAAUUGUACAGAUGAAAUCAAAUUUUUGGUUUUUACAGAAUGGCAUGUAACUAUUUUAGUCAUGUAAAUAAUUUAAUUUCCUAUCUUGAACAUAAGUACUUAAAUUAUUCAGAGAGUUGAUAUCUCUGGAUUAUGAUAAAAUACAUUUUUAUCUUCAUUGAUCAAAAAUCUACUUGUUAUUUUAUAAUAAAAUAAUACUUU